AUGGCGGACUCAUUACUGGAGCUAUUGGCUCCACAUCUUGAUAUACCACAAUCUAGUGAUGCUACAACCUCUCAAUAUCUUAAUCGACUGUCCACCCUGUCCUUGCAAAACCUCCAGACCACCGAACCUCAAUCUCUCGCCCAAUCCUCCCACUCCACGCUUCUCUCCCUUCAAGCAUUGUCCAACCGCUCUCACCGGACUUUUAUUACGUCCGCAGAUAAUCUAUCUACCCUCCGAUCCUCUAUCCCUAAGUUGACACGUGAGGCACAACAACUCCGUGAUGCGCUCCCGAAGCUGGAUGAAGCGGCCGUGGACUUCUCCACAAAGUACAGCAAGAUCACCGACAAUGCUGCUCUAGAACGGCGCAAAAAAGCAAUGCAAUUGAUGCGCAAUGUGGAACGAUUGUCUGAUAUUCUUGAAUUGCCCUCACUCCUCUCUACUGCCGUGUCUGCGGCAUCGGCCAAUUCAGGAGCGGGCGUAGCAUCCACCACGUACUCUUCCGCACUUGACCUGCAUGCACACAUCAAGCGACUACAAACGUUAUACCCCGAAUCACCCUUAAUACAAGAUGUAGCAUCUCAGGCCGAAGAUGCGAUGAAAGAAAUGACCACCAAUCUCAUUGCGGGGCUUCGAGCCCAGAACCUACGACUCGCAGCAGGCAUGCGAACCGUAGGCUGGCUGCGGCGAGUAGCGCCAGACUUGGAGACUUUACAGAGUGAAGGUGUCACAGGGACAGGAGAAGGAGCGCUGGGCGCCAUCUUCCUGAUCUGUCGGCUGGCUCACUUGGUCGCAACUCUGGAGGCACUGGACCCGCUGAAAGAACUUGCCGACCAAGAAACCCAACGGAGGACAAGUGGUAAAAUAACGGCUGGCUCGUGGUCAGGUGGUCAGCAGACCGAUCGCUACCUGAAAAGAUACAUUGAGAUCUUCCGCGAACAGAGCUUUGCCAUUGUCUCGUUAUACAAGAAUAUAUUCGCUGCAGAGCAAUCGGAGUCUGACACUGCUGCAUCAGGCCGACGAGGAUCUGGUUCCAAUCACAAAUCGUCGGAUCCAUUGCAAAAUCGCCCGUCGGCUCUGGCGACAUUUCCUAUGCACCUAGUGCAGCUCUUGACCGAUACUAUGAGAACAUACCUUCCCAAUGUCCGGGAUCGCAGCUCACGUGAGAGUCUUCUGACACAAUUAUUGUACUGCGCGGCUAGUUUAGGUCGCUUAGGGGGUGAUUUUAGCAUGAUUCUAACAGAGCUAAGCGGGGAAGAAGAGAUGGAGUCUGAGUGGGAGGAAGUGAUGCGCAAACACCGAGCAUUGGCAGGACGAUUGGAACAAUUGACCAGUCGAGUUCCAGUGCAUUGA